AUGGUGCGCAGUUUGUCACAGUGGACGAAAACGUUGAGUUUUCCGGCACGCAUAUCGCCCAACCGGAACUCGAAGGAUUGCAACGUGAACGUGCUGCCGAUUACACCUCCACCGGCACCGCCGCGUAACAAGUCAACCUCUACGUCCUCGUCCAGCACAAUGUCCUCCACAUCUUCACCGUCCUCUUCGUCAUCUUCGCCCACACCACCGCCUAAUGUGCCGAUUACGGAAAUUAGUCAAAUUAUCUAUCCCGAUCCCGAGUCAGAGAAGGCCAUCAUGGGCUCAUUGGUAUUCUGCAUUCAUCACAAGCAGGGCUGCAAAUGGUCUGACGAGUUGAGGAAAUUGAAGGCACAUCUAAAUACCUGCAAACACGAUGCCAUCCAGUGUCCGAACAAGUGCGGCUCGCAAAUACCCCGCGUUAUGAUGACGGACCAUCUGGCGUUCACGUGCAUCCUGCGACGUGCCAUCUGCGAGUUCUGCAACGUUGAGUUUACCGGCAUUGGGUUGGAGGAGCACGCGGGCACCUGCAGCUCGGAACCGAUCUACUGCGAGUCCAAGUGUGGCACGCGGGUGCUGCGUGGCCGCAUGUCUAUCCACCGUGCCAAAGACUGUGCCAAACGUCUCCGCCGCUGUCCGCACUGUGGUCGUGAGUUCUGUGCCGACACGCUGGCCGCUCAUGGAGCUACCUGUCCGCGCAGUCCAAUUCCGUGCCCGCAGCGGUGCGAUGCGGGACCCUUUGCCCGGGCAGAUCUGGAUGGACAUCUGCGCGACGAGUGCAAAGCGCUGACGGUGCCAUGUACGUUCAAGGAGGCGGGCUGCCGAUUCAAGGGCCCGCGCCAUCUGCUCGAAGCCCACCUGGAGGCGAACACAUCCGCUCAUCUGUCGCUGAUGGUGGCACUAUCGGGCCGCCAGGGACAGCAGAUCAACAUGUUGAAAAGCGCCAUGGCGAAGCUGAGCACAAACUACACGGGCACGCUACUGUGGAAGAUCACCGACUGGUCGGUAAAGAUGCAGGAGGCAAAGACAAAGGACGGUCUGGAGCUAGUGUCACCGCCAUUUUACACCAGCCAGUACGGCUACAAACUGCAGGCUUCGAUGUUUUUGAAUGGCAAUGGACCCGGCGAAGGAACGCACGUGUCCGUCUACAUCAAGGUGCUGCCGGGCGAGUACGAUGCCCUGCUUAAGUGGCCGUUCUCCCAUUCCGUCACCUUCACGUUGUUCGAGCAGGGCACACUGGGUAGCGGUGGCGGUGGACAGGGAGGAGUCGCCGAAUCAUUUGUGCCCGAUCCGACGUGGGAGAACUUCCAGCGGCCAUCUACCGAGCCGGAUGCGUUGGGCUUUGGUUUCCCACGGUUCGUAUCGCACGAGCUGCUCAACAGGCGUCCCUUCGUACGGGAUGAUACCGUGUUUCUGCGCGUGAAGGUCGAUCCGAGCAAGAUUGUGGCCGUGUAA